AUGUGCCAAUUUUUAAAUAUUCGAAGUCAUUCUGAACCAGGAGCUCUUUAUUUUUCAUUAGGAUCCUAUGGAAUACCUUCAAUUACUAACUGUGUUUUCAAAAAUUGCACAUCAGUUGCUUCAAACGGCGCCAUUUUUAUUUCUGCAGAAUCAUUUAAUUUAAUUGCUUCAUGUAUAGAUAAUUGCGAAUCAUUUUCAAAAUGCCAUGCCUUACAAGGCUGCACAAACCCACUAGGUAAGCUAUUUUUCAAUGAAACGAUGAUCAAAUCUUCCACAAAUCGAUAUUACGACCGCGGGCAAUCCGCAAUUACAAUUUACUCAGGAAGAAAUGUUUUUGUCGAUAUAAACUCCACAUCCAACUAUUGCUAUCGUGGUUCUGCUGCUUUAUCUUUAGUUUUUCCAACUUUGGCUUUCGUUCAUUACUCCAUGCUUGCGUAUAACAACGGCCCAUCACUUGUUUCAUUGUCAUAUUGUGAGCGUCCUCUUGAAGUUUUAAGUUCAAUUAUUUUGAAAAAUAAUGUUUCAACAUUAUUCCAUCUUCCUAACGUCGUGGCAGGCUUUACUAACUGUAUUAUCAUUAACAACACCUUCACCAUCUUCCUAGAGAACGCAUCUAGCCCUGCUUUGAUUGGAUGUGCUGUAGACUUCGAAAUUCCAUUUGGUAUAUCUAAAACGUUCAUAUAUUCGAAUCCAAAGAAAUUACCAUCGAUAUUCUACCACAACGUCUUUGAAGGCGACUGUAAAAUUGUAAAUUACAAAUCUCCACUUCCUACAGCCACUCCAUUACCAACUUCUACACCUAAACCAACUCCUACAGCCCGUCCAACACCAGAGCCAACACCAUGGCCCACUCCGUCACCUGUUCCAACAAUAUCUGCAAAACCAACACCAGCAAUGACACCAUCUCCAUCACCAUUACCAUCUCCUGUCGCUACACCAGCAAUGACUCCAGAACCAACGCGCGAAGACAAGAGAAGGCCAAUUCAUAAUUGGGAUGACCCAGAUGACUUCGUUUCGAAGGAUGACGACGACGGGCCACGAAUCCCUGAUGUCAGACCUGAAAGAGAUCAGGAUGACGAUGACGACGAGAAUGAAAACCGGGAGACGAAACGCGCAAACAUUCCUGGAAAAUUCGAUGACAACGAAGAUGAAGACGAAGACACAGACAACAAUGACGAAUGGAAUGACGCAAACAGACCAAAGAUUGGACCAGACGGAAAGCCAAUUAAACAGCAGGAGAAACAGAAAGAAAGUAAAAAGAACGUCAGAAAAGAUGAUGUCGAUGAUGAUGACGACGACGAACAAGAGAACAAGAACUGGGCGGAUUCAUCGAAAGGAAAAGAACCAAGGGUUAGUAAGGAUGAUGAUGACGAUGAUGAAGACGAGAAACCAAGAAAGAGACCAGCAAUUAAAGAAAAAUAA